AAGUAGGUAUCCACACUUCGCCGACCUUUUUUGUAGAUAAUAGUAGUUACAUUUGCCUCAAAAAAGUGACUGUUUCAGCAAGUAUUUUCAAACCGAUUUUUGAACAUUAAGACGUCUCCCCUCAAUCAACCGGAGUGGGAAUGGAGCCUGCUCCACCACGCUGCUCCACUGAGGUUGGUGGAGGUAUUUUUAAAACUUAUACGUAACAGAGUUACAUUCACCCGUUAUGUAAUACGAGUAGGUAAUUCUUUACAACAGCAUAAUACUUAUCUCUACUCACGAGUUUGCUGUAAAUAACAAAGCACUUCAUAUCAGACACACGCGUGCGGCAGUUGCUGAUGUGAACGUAAACCAAUAACAUGUUUUUUUUUUUAUUAAUCGUGAUAUUUGUUACUGCGGCUUACUUCUACUCGGUACGGAACCAUGAUUACUGGAAGAAGAAGAACGUAAAGCAUGACACGCCGAUCCCACUGUUUGGAAAUCAAGCCCUAAACCUCUUCGGAAUGAAGGGCAUGAUAGAAGUGAGUGUUGACAUGUACAAUAAGUACCCCAACGAAAAAGUUGUGGGUUACUACCGAUGCGCAACACCGGAACUGAUUAUAAGGGACCUCGAGUUAAUCAGGAAAAUUCUGGCGGCUGACUUCCCGCACUUUUACAACAGAGGUUUUGGAUUUAAUACUGACCUUAAUCCGUUAUUUGGGAGCUUGUUCCACGCUGAUGGAGACAAAUGGAAGUUGCUGCGCCAGCGGCUCACCCCCGCGUUUACGACGGCCAAGCUGCGCGCCAUGUUCCCGUUGGUGGUGCGCUGUGCUGAGAGACUACAGGACGUAGUGAUGGAGCUGGCAAAUCGCGGGGCCACGUACGACGCGCGCGAUCUGAUGGCGAGAUUCACCACCGAGUUCAUCGGCGCCUGCGGCUUCGGCAUCGAGAUGGACACCAUCAACAACGAACACUCCUACUUUUUAGACUUUGGCAAACGAUUGCUGGAACGUACAUUUACAAUUAAAGUUUUGAUUUUUAUUAGUGAAUUAUUUCCUGAAAUCAAAAACGUCUUCAGAACAAGACCCAAACAGAUAGAAAAUGAGUUUAGAGUUUUAUUGGAGCAGAUACGAAGUCAAAGAAAUUACAAGCCUAUUGGUCGCCAUGAUUUUAUCGACUUACUGCUGGAGCUAGAAGCUAAAGGAAAGAUAUUGGGUGAGUCAAUCGAAAAAUUCAAAGAGGACGGGACUCCUGUUCCUGUGGAAAUGGAGAUGGAUUUCAACUGCCAGAUGGCGCAGGUGUUUCUGUUCUUUGCAGCUGGUUUUGACACCUCCUCGCACGCUACGAGCCACACGCUUCACUUACUGGCGUACCACCCCGAGGCACAACGCAGAAUUCAAGAGGAAAUCGACAAUAUUAUGCAAAAAUACGACGACAAACUCUGCUACGACGCCAUAGCUGAAAUGACUCUGUUAGAUAUGGCUUUCAAUGAAGCUAUGAGGAUGCUUCCUUCAAUUGGCGUCUUGAAUAGAAUUUGUACGAGAAAAUACGAGAUCCCAGAACUUGGUAUCGCAAUAGAUCCGGGUGUAAAAAUACUGAUUCCAUUGCAAGCUAUCUACAUGGAUGAGAAAUAUUUUGACAACCCAAAGGAAUUUAGGCCUGAGAGGUUCUCACCAGAAGCGAUUAAAAAGCGACAUAACUUUUCUUAUCUACCUUUUGGAGAAGGGCCAAGAGCAUGUGUGGGCGCUCGCCUCGGGCAAAUGCAGUCAUUGGCGGGCCUGGCAUCCAUCUUGCACAAAUUCUCUGUAGAACCCGCAGAGAGCUCGCGCCAUGAAAUAAAGCUUGGCCCCAGCUCGGAUAUCGCGCCAAGAAUCGUCGGAAAAAUGCCGCUCAAUUUCAAGAUCAGGGGGUCUAAAAGGGCCACAUCCACGUCAAAGCAAUUCAUAUAAAAAGCAAUAUUGCAAUUUGACAUUUGCGCAUACAUAAAAGUACUUAAAUGCGCUAUGACCCCAAUUCCUGCAGACACCUCCUAAUUUUAUUUUAAAUUAUACCCGUCAUUUUCUUAUCUGCCGAAAAGAAAAGCGGGGCUAAUAAAAAAGACAUCUCGCUGAUAUGCAACCCGUUUGACGUGUGCUGUAAACUUAAUUCUGGCAGGUUAUGGGCCAAUAUAAAAUUUUGGGAGGUUUUCUUUCUGCCUUAAAUUGACGUGUGUAAGUGCAUACAUUUUAUGCCUGUCGUUUACCCGUCCUUUUCCUUUUCGGCGGAUAAGAAAAUGACAGGUAUAACUUGAACUAAAAUUAGAUGGUGUGCACUGGAAGCGGUAUCAAUGUCAACAAACAAAUAGCAAUAUUAUUGGUUUAGGUGAAUUGCUUCAAUGUGGCCUUUUUAACUAACUUCCACGCAAUAAAUAGGGAAAGCGAGACAAGCAGACCGGAGCUCUCCCCGAACACUCCAUAAAAAAAUCUCAUUAUAUGCGGGCGAGACAGACUGCGUGUAAGGGGGAGAACAAUACAACGCUAUGUAUACUUCAAAUAUCCACCCCGCACCAAUUUGUACAGGCACUGAACUAAAUUUACCUCACCCCCUCUGGGUCUUACUAUAAUCUAACUGACCAUAAGCCGCUAAGGAGUAACGGGGGCGCAUGCGAUCUGUUUGUUUCGCUCGCACUUACGUGCUAAGGCGGCACACGGUAGGUAAAGAUGAGAUUUUGUAUAGUGUCCGGUUUGUACUAUAACACAACAACAGCUUCAAAAUUCAGAUAUAGGCUAGGACUGCACUAUCCCAAAGUUUCACAUAAAAGUAAAACCCGUUAAAUAAAGCUAUGUCAUUGUUCAUAGUAAAUAUUAUUUUAUUAAUAAUUACUUGUAGUAAUAUGAGUGUCGUGAAAUGGUUAUCGGUUGAUG